AUGGACAUGAACGUGAAAAAAUUCACAGUGCGGCGCUUCUUCUCCGUAUACCUGCGCAAGAAAUCUCGAUGCAAGAGUUCAAGCUUAAGCAAAUACGAGGAUGAAGGCAUUGUGAAGGAAAUAGACAUCAGCAACCAUGUAAAAGAAGGUUUUGAAAAAGCAGAUCCCUCUCAGUUUGAAUUGCUUAAAGUGUUGGGUCAGGGAUCCUAUGGAAAAGUAUUUCUUGUUAAGAAAAUCAAAGGUUCUGAUGCUGGGCAACUCUAUGCUAUGAAGGUUCUGAAGAAGGCCACUCUGAAAGUGCGUGAUCGAGUCAGAUCAAAAAUGGAACGAGAUAUUUUGGCUGAAGUCAAUCACCCUUUUAUAGUCAAGUUGCACUAUGCAUUCCAGACUGAAGGAAAAUUGUAUCUGAUUUUAGAUUUUCUAAGAGGCGGUGAUCUUUUUACAAGAUUAUCCAAAGAGGUGAUGUUUACAGAAGAAGAUGUCAAGUUCUAUCUAGCUGAGCUUGCUUUGGCAUUAGAUCACCUCCAUGGCCUUGGGAUCAUUUAUAGAGACUUAAAACCAGAAAAUGUACUUCUAGAUGAAGAUGGUCACAUUAAAAUAACAGACUUUGGGCUCAGCAAGGAAGCUGUUGACCAUGACAAACGAGCCUAUUCCUUCUGUGGAACAAUAGAGUACAUGGCUCCCGAGGUCGUCAAUCGCCGUGGUCAUACGCAAAGUGCGGACUGGUGGUCCUUUGGUGUUUUAAUGUUUGAAAUGUUGACGGGGUCGUUGCCUUUUCAAGGAAAGGACAGAAAGGAAACCAUGGCACUUAUCCUCAAAGCAAAACUGGGAAUGCCACAAUUCUUAAGCCCAGAAGCCCAAAGCCUUUUACGAGCACUUUUCAAGCGGAAUCCUUGCAACAGACUAGGUGCAGGACCUGAUGGUGUUGAGGAGAUAAAACGGCAUUGUUUCUUUGCAACUAUAGACUGGAAUAAAUUAUACAGGAAGGAAAUUAAACCACCAUUUAAACCAGCAGUAGGCAGACCAGAAGAUACUUUCCACUUUGAUCCUGAAUUCACAUCAAGGACACCAACAGACUCUCCUGGUGUCCCUCCAAGUGCCAAUGCACAUCAGCUUUUUCGGGGUUUCAGUUUUGUUGCCACCAACCUUGGUCAAGAGCAGAUUCAGACUGAUUCUCGACAGCUGAUUGACCAUUCAAUGGUGCAGCAGCUACACGGCAAUAAUAUUCACUUCACUGAUGGUUAUGAGUUGAAAGAAGAUGUUGGUGUGGGGUCAUUCUCAGUAUGCAAGCGAUGUGUGCACAAAAUCACAUCAGUGGAAUACGCUGUGAAGAUUAUUGAUAAAAGCAAACGAGAUCCAUCAGAAGAAAUUGAAAUUUUACUACGAUAUGGACAGCAUCCAAAUAUUAUCACCUUGAAAGAUGUUUAUGAUGAUGGAAAAUAUUUAUACCUUGUCAUGGAACUAAUGAGAGGAGGGGAACUACUCGAUCGCAUUCUACGGCAGAAGUGUUUCUCAGAGAGGGAGGCCAGUGCAGUUCUCUAUACCAUCACCAAAACUGUGGAAUAUUUACAUUCCCAGGGAGUUGUUCAUCGAGACCUGAAACCAAGUAACAUUCUAUAUGUGGAUGACUCGGGAAACCCAGAAUCCAUUAGAAUCUGUGACUUUGGUUUUGCGAAACAACUCCGAGCUGAAAAUGGCCUCCUCAUGACUCCGUGCUACACUGCAAAUUUUGUUGCCCCUGAGGUACUCAAGAGGCAGGGGUACGAUGCAGCUUGUGACAUGUGGAGUUUAGGAAUUUUGCUCUACACCAUGCUAGCAGGCUUCACACCAUUUGCAAACGGGCCUGAUGAUACUGCUGAGGAAAUCCUGGCACGCAUUGGAAGUGGGAAGUAUGCCCUCACUGGGGGGAACUGGGACACCAUUUCCGAUGCCGCGAAGGAUAUUGUAUCCAAGAUGCUGCAUGUAGACCCUCAUCAAAGGCACACAGCAGUGCAGGUCCUUCGACACCCCUGGAUAGUGAACCGUGAAUACCUAUCACAGAAUCAGCUCAGCAGGCACGAUGCCCAUUUAGUUAAGGGUGCAAUGGCUGCCACCUAUUUUGCUUUAAACCGUACACCUCAGGCACCGAGAUUAGAAGCCGUUUUGGCCUCAAACCUGGCUCAGCGAAGGGGAAUGAAAAGACUGACUUCGACAAGACUAUAA